AGUCUCUUACCUCCAGUGACCUGCUUGGCCCUCAAUUCCCCAGCUCUCCAUGGAGCUACAACCACUGUCCCUCAGCCAAGUGAAAUGCGUCUCCUAAGCAUCAGGCCCUGGCUCACCUGUUCCUGCAGCGAUGUCUUUCCAGCAGCAGAAGCAGCAGCAGCAGCUGCCCCUGCCCCAGAAGGCCCAGCAGCAGCAGGUGAAGCAGCCCUGUCAGCCACCACCCAGCAAAUGCCAGGAGGCGUGUGCACCCCAAACCAAGGAUCCAUGUGCGCCCCACGCCCAGAAGCAAAGCCCCCCCAAGGGCACAGCCGUCCCUGCCCAGCAGAAGUGCCCCUUGGCCCAACAAGCCCCCCAGAGUAAACAGAAGUAAGGUCACGUGGAAUGCCACCUGCUGGCCCUCCUGCUCCUCCGCCUCCGCCUCCCCAGGCCCCGUGGGGCACUGUCAGGAAUGCUUCCCAUGGAGACCCUCAUCACACUUCUCCCGCCGCCUCCACGUCUGCGUCCAUCCCCCAGCCUGACGCUCCCCCUUCCCGGUGGACAUGAGAAGUCUCACUCUCUCCGACCUCCAGCCUGACCACAGCUAUGGCGCCACCACGUCCCAAUGUAAGGGAUGUAUCUGGGCUUCUUCUAGGGUUUCACCCUGACUAGUGGGGACACCGGGAGCCGGUCACCGCUUCUGCCUCAUUCCCUUCCCCAACUCCCCGUCCCUCAGUUUCUCUUCUGUUUCCUCCCCUAAUAAACCUGUGCCACAUGUCA